AAAUGUUUCAGUGGGGAAAUAAGAUUCUAGCAUGUUACUUGAAAUCUCCGAGUUUAAUCCAGUUUAGUUUGACAGGCUCAGGCAGACAGCAAUACUUCUCCCUUUCAGUGCAGCAGCAACCACAGUUUCCUUUGUUUAAACGGAAGACAAGACGAGAAGCAGGUGCAUGCAAAAAAAAAAAAAAAAACAGUGCCAGCAGCACGAUGAGCCCCUACUUUACAACAAGUCCCGUACUUGAAGUUUGUUACUCAAGCUGAGUUUGGAAAUUAGAAACAUCUGGGGGAAAACAACUGGACGAGCAAUCAAAGAAGAGGAUCUAAUUGUUAAGAUGAACCAGGGACGCAUCACGAGGAUCUCAGUUUUGAAUUGAUGUUUUUCAUUUUUUGCAACAAUCUUUCAAGGGGAUUGUAAGUGGAUGAAGCGUUUCACACUGAACCCUAAAUGACUGGAAUCUGAUAAACAUCGACAACUUUCUCUUUUUGGGAGCUACAAUUUAGGAAAAAAUAAUUUCCUUGUUAACGGUCAGACAAUGGACUUCCUCCAUCCUUCAACAAGUGAAAACAUCCCACAAAAGACGAGCGGACGCUUCACUGUCCGUUCAGCUAACUCUCCCUCAUACAGUCUCACUCGCAGCCCAGGUAUGAGGAAGAGACAGACGGCUCAGAGUGUUAAAGGCACCAAUGGUGCAAACAAAAAAGAGGACAUAGGUGUUGCCCACCAGACAGAGUUGAAUCAGAAUGGCACAGCAGAGAGAAAACACCCUGAGAAUGGCGCUGAUGUCGGAGGAACCCCGACGCUCUAUAGCCAGGGGAGGACAGAGGGGAGGAGAUGCAACCUGACAAGCAGAAGUAUGAAUUUAGGUUGGAAAGCGGGGGUAAGAGACCCUCCUCAGAAUGCCAGAGCUGGCACAUCCACAUUGUUAGGUAAAAGAGCAGCUGGAGAUUUUAAAGAACCACGGACAGAAAAUAAGAACAUUUCCAUAGGGAGGACUUGUUCUUUAAAGGGUUUCAAGUAUGCUGUUCCAACUCACACUGAAGGCAAUAGCUCAGUAAAUCAAGACUUUGCUGACAGAGCUAGUAAGGUCAGCACACAUCCGGUCAAAUUCAGGUCUGAGUCUCCACCCCAAGCGGUACAGAGCAUCCAAGAGCGGAUACAGAAACUCUUUGAGUCUGCUGGUGAGACGGCAGUUGGGGGAACCUUUCCCAGGCGGUUCUCUUCGAGCGACGACUACAGUCCAGUGGGGAAAACAGUGGCAUCCAUCUGGGCACCAAAGAAAGUCAACCAUACAAGUACAGAGACUUUAGUUCCUCUUGAGAUAGUCGAGUUCAAUGGGAGAUCAACAGGAACACUGAGGCAAGGGCAGCUAAACAGCAAGUAUUUAGUAGAAGAUAAGUGGGGGAGGGAGACACUGGAUACGGGCACAAAAUCCUUGGACAGGUUCAGGAGCAAAAACACGGCUGCAGCUCGUAUCAGGUCUGCCAGGGCCGCAGCAGGUAUGUCACAGUCCCAAACAAUUGUAGGAGAUACUACAUCCACAUUUCAACAAGAAGGGGCAAUCAUAAACCAAGAAGACUGCAGAGCAGACACGACUGAAAGAAUUAAAGUGCAGGGGAGAACCAAAGAAAGAGAUGAAGCAACAAAACAACAAACUGAACUGAAACGUGGAAUCAAAGAAGGAGAUGUGUUUGAAACAAAUCCAGGGAAGGGUACCCUGCAAUCGACAGAGAGGAAUAUGCUUUCAGAGAGCGGGACUUCUUCAGCCAGUGUGAGAAACAAGAUCAGUCAGUUUGAAGCUCUCACACAGAAAGCAACAAGGCAAGCCCAAAUGUCGAGGAGGACCUUUUCUGUACCCACACAGCUCUACAAAGCCCAGGAGGGAGUGAAGAAGAGUGGGUCCGCCAAAGAUAUUGGUGAGCGAAGCGAUAAGUGGGAGACAAACAAAGAUAGUUGGAUUGAAAAAAGAAAGAAUACAGGAGUAGAGAGAUCUUUAUCGGUGGACGAGACUGGAAUUAGUUUAGGGAAGUCAGAGACAGCUGGAAGUAAUUUAUUCGACAAAAGCAAAAACGACCUCUCAGGGGAUUUAGGUAAAUAUUCCAGCCGCAAGAAAAAGCUACAAAUCCCUCUUAAUGAAAGAGCUCAGCCGGGUUUCUUUUGCUUUGACGAGACAGAUUUCAUCAAACAUUCACCAGCACCAAACACCAAGGACUCAAAUAUAAAAGAUAUGAAAAUGAGCACUGUGUCAUUAACGCGCGGAUCCGACAUGCAGCCAUGGUCACCAUGUGAAAUUUCUUCACCUGUUAGUGACGAUGAAAAGACCCCAACAAACACCCCUCUGAACACCUCGCCUUUUCUUUCACCCGUCAAAGAACCAGAGUCUAUAUUUCCUUUUGGAGAUAAUACAGGCCCUCCUGUCAUUGGACAAGAAAACAAACACAAAAACAGAGACUCUACUCUUCUCCCUCCCACCGCUCUGUCCCAGAACGACGACUCAGACGUCUUCAUAACACAUGAAGACAAAACUGAAGAUAAGGAGUCUCCGCACCUGCCUGCUGACAGGUCUUCCAAAAACAACUGGUCGGAGGUCUUCAACCCAAAUGUCAAGACAGAAUUGCCAAAAGGAAGGAAACAGCUAACUGACCUGAAAGCAUGGAUAGCCGGCCUGGAGCCAGAUUAUAAAUGCUGGGAUGAAUACAUGCAGGAGUCAGAGGAUGAUGAUGAAAGCACGCAGAAGGACAACGAUUCAAACUAUGACUCGGACUCUGGGGAUUCCUCUGUGACCAUAACCAGUAACAUUAGCCAGUCAGACAACAGGAGUUUCAGUGUCAGCCUUUCAGAGUUGUGUAGCUUCUCUGGUGCUGACAACGAAUCGGAUAAUGACAGCGAUGAUUGGGAGCUAUCGGGCAGACGAUCUGUCUCAGUGAGCUCAGAUGUCUCUGUCUUUUCCUGUGUCUCUCUGCUUCCCGCCGAAGAGCUAGACAAGCUAAUAGAUGGCGUCAAGAACCUGGGGGACGAAGCCUUGCAGGACUGCGAUGAUGUGAAUGUGGUGGUUCUUCACAAGGAGGUGGGAGUAGGACUGGGUUUUAGUCUUGCGGGGGGUGUAGACCAAAACAAACCUAUCACGGUUCACAGGGUUUUUAACUCUGGUGUUGCUGCCCAGGAGGGCUCCAUUAGAGAGGGAGACAAGGUUUUGUCCAUCAACGGCACUGCUCUGUCAAAAAGUACUCACUCGGAGGCUCUGAAGAUCCUCCGAAAGACAAAGUCUGAAGCCAUGGCAGUGGUGGUGCUAAGAAAAGGGGACCUCAGAGGUGCCUCAAAGUUGGGAGUGCUAGAAAGCAAUGAGACAGAAACAACAACUCAGUAUGAGACAGGCCAGCGUGUGUGCGUCCAACUACAGAAGAAAAGCAGUGAUCUUGGUUUUAGCCUGCAUGGAGGUGUAGGAUCCAGUGAAGGGAACAGGCCACUCACUGUGCAGUACGUCUUCCAGGGUGGUCCUAGAGACAAGGUGUUCUCUGGUGAUGAGAUUUUAGAAAUUCAAGGUAUCAACGUGGUGAAGAUGACUCGUCUGACGGUGUGGACUUUCAUCAAAACUCUUGCCUCCGGGCCUGUGGAGGUGGUGCUGCGACGCCCGUCUAAACUUACGCAAUCAUGAGGAUUGUCCGGAUGCCUCACUUUGUUUGCAAUUCAGAGAAUGUGGAUCAACCAGAAACUGGAAGCUUUUCAUUUGAGGACAUCAAGUUCUGCCAUGGAAUACAACUUUAAAAAUAAACUACCUGGGAUUUAAAUGCGUAGGAACAAACAGUCAUCAUGACACUGCGCUCAAAUGACGCCUAAAAACCAGGUCAAAGGUGUGGAUUCUUCCCCGUUUCUCUCGUUAUAACAUGAUCUACCUCAAGGCCUGGGAUGUUUCUUGUAUUAAUUUGUAUGAAUGUGUUACACAUUCAUACAGUCAACCAACAUUUAAAGCAUAACAUUUUGUAAAUAUAUAAAAACUUGGCACUUAGAAAACCAACAAUGUGUUUUAUUAUGAAGAAUUGCUUUUAGUGUUGAAAUGUCUUCGUCAUAAAUUAGAGCUAUUUUAUUAAAUUGUGAAUUACUUUUACCACGGUGACAUGAAGAUUAACAUCCUGUUUUAUUUUUUAUUGAUUUAUGUGUCAAUGUUAUUAAUGCAAUUAUAAUUUUAUAUAAAUUAUUAAAUUUUCCUGUGAUUAACAUUUUAUUAACAUUUUAAGGGUUUAUUUAGUCAAAAGAAGCACCUUAUAGUUUUAUAAUGUACAUUUUUGCAGUAUUGUUGUCUCUUUGUUUUAAACACUGUUUUUUUUUGCUGUCGCUGUAAGGCCUGUUGGUGCAGUUUAUUGUAAAAAAAAAACGGUGCGAGUCAGAGGCCUUUGCUUUCUGCUUUUUAGAAAGAGAAAUGUUGACAGAGACUAAAUUUAAGAAAAUGUCAGGAAGAACGACAUUCUUCUUGUGCUAAACAAUACAAAUACUAGAGACAAACAUUACUAAGCACAAUUUAAGUUAACAAAAGUCCAACUUGUAGAAUACCAUUGCAUGUAAAGCACUUGUACAUUCUGAAAUUAAUCAAUAACCAGAUAUUGAUCAUAUUUAAUUGAAAAAAAAAAAACAGAACUUCAACAAAACUGA